CCACAACACAAACAAUCACCACCACAGAGACCACUCUCAUGACCACGUCAACCACCACCACAGACACCACUCCUACAAAAUCAGCCAGUACAAGAGAGACAAGCACCACUGCAGUGACUACUCCCUCGACCACAGCCACCACAACACCGACAACCACCACCACGAAGACCACACCUAUGACCACAUACAGCACAACACAGACAACCACUACCACAGAGACUACUAGCACCUCCACGUCAACCACUAUCACAGAGACCACUCCAACAACAGAGACCACAUCGAGGACAACCACUACCACAGUGACCACUCCCACGACUACAUCAGCCACCACCACAGAGUCCACUCCCACAACCACAAUAGAGACAACCACCACCACACAGACUAAUCUCACGACCACAUUAACGACCACCACAGAGACAACUGCCAUGACCACAUUAAGCACCACCACAAAGACACCUCCCACAACCACAUCCACCACAACACAGUCAACUGCCACAGAGACCUCUACCCCUACCACAUCUACCACAACACAGAUGACCACCAGCACAGAGACCACUCCCAUGAGCACAUCAACCACAACUCAGAAAACCACAGAGACCACUCCUACAAUCUCAUUACACCACUCCCACAACCACAGUGAGCACAACACAGACAACUACCACCACAGAGACUACUCCCUCAACCACAUCCACAACACAGACUACCACCACCACAGAGACAACACCCCUGACCACAUCCACCACAACACAGACAAGCUCCACCACAGAGACCACUCCCAUGACCACAUCCACCACUACCACACAGACCACCCGCACAACCACAUCAACUACCCCCACAGAGACUACUUCCAUAACCACGCCCACCACACAGAUAAGCACCACCACAGAGACCACUCCAACAACCACAUCUACCACAAGACUCACAAUCACCUCCACAGAGAUCACUCCCACAACCAGCAUCCCAACAAUGGUGACAUCUACCACCAUGACCAGUGUUAUGACCACAUCUCCUACUACUCCGAUUACCACAACUGGGACAUCCUCUACCACCCCAUUCAUCACAACCCACAGUACUACACUCACACCACCUGUUCCUCCUCUGGCUACUAUAACUAG